AAUUUUUCAAGCGCUUGGGAGAAGUGACGCGAUGCGCGCGGUUUCGCUUUAUCUUCAGCGUUAAACAGCGCGCACACACACACACACACACACACACACACACACACACACACACACACACACACACACACACACACACACACACACACACCGACCGACAGAGUGGCAUUUAAAUACACGGCUUUGGAUCGGAAGAAUAAGAAGACAAAGAAGAAGGUUAUCUAACGGGAGAAGAAUAAAGGACAUCCAUGACCUCAGAUUUCCAUCACGACAGUUUCAGGAUGCCGAAUAUAGGAUUUCAAAACCUCCCCCUCAACAUCUACAUCGUGGUAUUCGGCACCGCCAUCUUCGUCUUCAUCCUCAGCCUUCUGUUCUGCUGCUAUCUGAUACGGUUACGGCACCAGGCACACAAGGAGCUGUAUGCAUAUAAACAGGUUAUUCAGAAGGAAAAAGUCAAAGAGCUAAACCUGCAUGAGAUUUGCGCCGUGUGCUUGGAGGAGUUCAAGCAGAAAGACGAGCUGGGGAUCUGUCCGUGCAAACAUGCCUUUCACAGGAAGUGCCUCAUCAAGUGGUUGGAGGUGAGGAAGGUGUGUCCUCUGUGUAACAUGCCCGUCUUACAGCUGGCGCAGCAGCAGGGAACCUCAGAGACGACGGCCCUGACGCAGCAGCCCUUGCCUGGGGUGGAGAACUUGGUGUAGCCUCGAUGUUCAUGUCUUUUCCUCUUCCUCCUCCUACCUCCACCCUCAAUUGCUCUACUAUACCGGUACACAACAACAACAACAACAACAAUAACAACGACAUAAAGUGGUGAUGUCCUGCUUUCUGCACCACGGCAGAUCGGACGGAUCAUCGAUAGCCAACAAUUCCAACCAAGAUCAACCCAACCAGUGGAGAUCCAGACUGUUCCACACCAAAGCACUUUUCUGGGGACACCAAGAGGAGCGACACGGACUAUUUAUGGAAUCGAUGGAAAAGAAGGACGAUUCACAAAAAAGUGUGGGUUUUUUUUUGUUGUUUAUUUUUAACAAGCACUUUACAUGGACUCAACCUUAAUCUUAAUGGCUUGUGAAAAUGGUAGCAAGUUUUGUAUUAUUUCAAUUAACUGCAUCUAUUUUUAUUUUUUUGUUCUUUAGCGAUGUAAACAAGCUAUAGAAUUCCGAUUCGAGGAAUACCACGUGAUAUAAUAAAGGGACGAGGGUUUUUCGCGGCGCGGAAAGGACCGUAGGAAGCGAGUCCUCGUCCAUGAAGAAUCUGUUAAUGGAAUCGGAAAUAGAGUUUCAGCUCAGCUCCAGUGUCGCAGUGCAUUAGGAAGGCAUCCUGCAUGGAUAGAAGUAGCUCUUCUGGGCUGAUCCCAGACCAGUUUGGUGGUCAUAUUAUAGUUUGUGUAUCAGGGCAGGAAUGGAGCAAUCUGAUUGGCUGGAAGAACUCAACCAAAUGUGAGUUAGAAGAAGACUUCAUGUUAUACAGUAGUACAAAAUUGUACUAUAACAAGCAGCAGAAACAAGUCCAAACAAAAAGCCACCAAAAUUCUUACAAUAGUCAAAUAUCUGAACACUCAUUUGCUCAAAAAAAAGAAAAGAAAGAAAAAACAUGUUUUGGAUCCCAAAAACAGUCCAGUUCUGAAGGUACUGGAAUCGUUUCAGUGUCCUUUUGAGAUCGAAGCCUCUUGAAUCAUUUACUAAAGCCCCGAAUUAAGAAUCGUCGUAUUUAAUUAAGAUCAUUCCCGUUUUUUUUUAGCUCAUUUGAUUUUUGCCGAUUUUUUUUACAUUUCAAUCGAGACUCGUUUGGUAUUUUAGUGACGAACAAAAACCGGUAAUUGUUAUUGUAAUGUUUAACUUAACGUGUAAAUAGUGGAGAAAAGGACAAACAUGUUGCAAAGAAAAAACACCUAGCAAGCGCUCAGCUAGCUAGCCGUUCGUUUCAGUUUGGGGUCGUUUUUCAAAGUCAUACAUCGAUAUGACACGAGUAAUCAUCGCUCUCGACAUUUUUCAGUCAUUUCAAGUGCCAAACAGGAUUACGCAAUCAUGCUAGCGUGUACAGAGUCAAGCUCAAUCAGCUAGCUCUUAGGAAGGGACUCGAAUUGCACUUGGAGCCAUGUGAAGAAGAUUUUUCCAGAAGAAGGAGUAGACUUGUGUCCUCGUUUGAACCAGACAUACCAACCUCAACAACCCAACACUGCACUAAAACAAAACCCACAGCUCAAGUCAUGUGGGUCAUAUGAUCGCCCCAGACGAACCCGCAUCCACGUGUGAACGGUGACGGUCCCGACUGUGAAGCCGUAGCCAGAGUACGCAAGGUCCUACAGUAGCAUGGAUCAGAAUGUGGUUCCAGCAAUUUGUAUGUGAUACACAAAGAGGUGGAAAUGCAUUGAGUGUAUUUGGCUGCAGCACUUCAGUCAGCACGUUGCACCUUUAUUGAAUCUGCGUUCUGGUGCUUUCACCGUGGCUGCAUUGUUCUCGCUGGAAAGUGCUGUGUAGGGCAUUUUCAAUGGAGGUCAGCGGCUUUAAAUAGAUCUUCUGGGUUAAAAUGAUAUGAAGCAGAAGGCUUUCUUUGUCGCAGUGCUGAAAGCUUUGCUCAUUUCACCGCUGCGUGUCCAAUUCCGGUCUCCAUCCCAUUGCUUUUCAUAAGCGAUGUUUGGAAAAUCUUUCCAAAGUGUUCAGAUUAACAUCUCAUCCGUGGGAUUGGCCGAGAACGUACGCUCGGUUGACACGAAUCCCAGCAUCGGUGCUUGUUCUUCAACCUCUUCUUCUUGUCUUCGAGGCUCUCGAAGACUCGUUCGCUCUUAAAUCUUUCCGAUAAAUCGAUCAACCCAUGAAAAGCCUAAUCAAACUGGUACAGAAGAAAUAAUAGGAGUCUUCAGUGUUUAAACCGCAGGAAUCGAUGUCCCCGCUGUCUGCAAAAUACCUCAUCGUGUCUUUCGCAUAUCUGCGAGGAACACCGCGAGGAACGUUGAAGCCUCGACAGUGCAGCCUCUUUAAGCAUAGUAUUAUGGAUGACUACAAACACGAAAUAAUACAGCGAUCUUGCUUCCUGACGUUAUAAUCAACUACACUACUGCCCCCUGCUGGUGUGGAGAGAUUUUUAUAUUAUUCUUCCUGCACUUCUUAGCUCAAUAAUAUUUAAUAUUAGUGCAUCUUGAUAUGAUUAUUUAUGAUUAUAGGCUCAGACUACACACUACUGCCCCCUCCUGAUGUGGAGAGGUUCCUGCUUUUGGGCUUCAUUUGUCAUAGUGUUUCGGAUGUCUCAGUCGGUGCUGGGCGUCUGACGAUGACUCUUGUGUGAGAUUUGAGUUAAAUGCCAUUUGGCCUCUUCUUCACUUUGUUAAUACACAUAAUCUACAGUGGAGUCAUCUUUAACUUGUUUGAGUGGUUUAUCGUCCAGAUCGUGGGCUCUGGCCAUAAUAUUGUAUAGUUCUUAUCUUCUCCCCAUCCUGUCCUGUCCUGUCCUGUCCCUCAUAAAUGGUGGUGUACAGUGUUUUCUCGCGUCCUGCCCCGUCACGCCAAUUGUUUGACCCUUGCACUCACACACCCGCCCCCCACGUUUAACACUGAUAUAUAAUGUUUGUGACGCUCACAGACAUGGUUGUAAAACUAAGAAUUCUGCAGCAGAAUAAUUUUUUUUUUGGAGACAUUCUUGCUUGUACAGUAUUUGUAAGCUCUAUUUUUGUAUAUUUAAUUGACAUUUUGGAGAAAAUAAAAAAAGAGUCAAAAAGAU